AUGGCGUCGCGGGAGGCCCUGAUUGGCCAGGCCAAGCAGCUGCAGGCGCAGCUCUUCCAGGCGCAGAUGCUGCAGGCGGAACAAUUUCAGCAGCUUCAGAUGUUAGAGGACCCGUCGCAGCCGGACUUCUUCUCGGAAGUGGUCACGCUGUUCGUCCAGGACGCGGAGCAGAAGAUCAACCGGCUCGCGCAGCUCGUUGCGUCCGCGGGGGGGCUCGCGGCCGCCCAGCAGGAGAUUGACUCAGUCGCGCAUCAGUUGAAGGGGUCCUCGGCGUCCAUCGGGGCGAUGCAGGUCGCGGCCUGCUGCGGGGAGCUCAGGACGGCGGCGGCGGCGGGGGAUAUGCCACAGUGCCAGAACGCGCUGCAGCGGAUACAACAGGCGUACUCGACGCUCAGAGACCAGUUGGGCCAGUUGCUAGGGUUGUUGGUGCAGCUGAGGGCCUCGGGCGGGAGCCUCGAAGACCUGCUGUAG